CACUUGCAACCAAACACCUCAGCAACAGAAUACACCAUCUUCGAGCCUCAGUCCCAUCAUAUUUGCAGACAUAUCUUAAUUCCCAUAGUUCAGCCAUCAAGAUGUCCGAGAUCGCUCACCCCACCAUUCAGGAUGGAUGGUUCCGCGAGAUUUCGCACAUGUGGCCCGGUCAGGCCAUGACCCUCAAGGUCAAGAAGGUCCUCCACCACGAGAAGAGCAAGUACCAGGAUGUCUUGAUCUUCGAGUCCACCGACCACGGCACCGUCCUCGUCCUGGACAAUGUCAUCCAGUGCACCGAGCGCGACGAGUUUUCAUACCAGGAGAUGAUCACCCACCUGGCCAUGAACUCACACCCGGACCCAAAGAAGGUCCUCGUCAUUGGUGGCGGUGAUGGUGGUGUGCUGCGCGAGGUCGUCAAGCACGAAGGAAUCGAGGAGGCUGUCCUGUGUGACAUUGACGAGGCUGUCAUCCGUCUGUCCAAGGAAUACCUUCCUGGCAUGUCCGUGGGGUACAAGCACCCCAAGGUCAAGGUGCACGUCGGCGACGGCUUCAAGUUCCUCGACGACUACAAGAACACCUUUGACGUGAUCAUCACCGACUCGUCCGACCCAGAUGGUCCUGCCGAGAGCCUGUUCCAGAAGCCCUACUUCCAGCUUCUGCACGACGCCCUGCGGGACGGGGGCGUUAUCACCACCCAAGCUGAGAACCAGUGGCUGCACCUGGAGCUCAUUGCCAAGCUGAAGAAGGACUGCAAGGAGAUCUUCCCCGUGGCCGAGUACGCUUACACCACCAUCCCUACCUACCCAUCUGGGCAGAUCGGCUUCAUGGUGUGCUCCAAGGAUGCCAGCCGCAACGUCAAGGUGCCGGUCCGGUCGUGGACCAAGGAGGAGGAGGAGAAGCUGUGCAGGUACUACAACGCGGACAUCCACAAGGCGUCCUUUGUCCUGCCCACGUUUGCCGCCAAGGCCCUGCAAUGAAGCUCGGGAGGGGAGGGUAUCAUUCUAUGAGACAGCUUUGAUGUGAUCUGGAUCAGUUGUAAGCGUCAUAGGUGAUGAGAUCAGAUAGGAAAGGAGGGAAAAAUAGGACACCAAGGAUUGAAGGUAUUACU